CUCUAUUUACUCACACUACUCUCCCAUUGCAUUUGCACUCAGAAAACCAGACAAGAAGAAGAAGAAGAAGCAGAGGAGUCAUGGCUAUCUCCAGCUUACAAGCUCGGUACCUUGACUCUUGCAAAAAGCAUGAGGUGCAACCCAAUUCAGCAGUUCUAGCAUGGUUUACUCAGGCCAAAAUUCGGAGCUCCCGCAAUGAGAAGUGUAGAAUAACAAUUUCGCUAGAUCAGCUAAAGGAUGCCGAUAUUUUGCCUCUAACCAACGUACUUUUGUCAAGUGACUCUGCUGAUAUUGAUGCUGUUGAUAUAUUUCUGGAAUUCGAUAGUGACUUGGCUAAAGAAAAUGUUAUGGCUUUGAUACAUGCUGUCAAUCAAAAGCUUCAAGUUGUUGAUCUCCGGGAUUUGUCGUUGGGGAACGAAUUUCUAGGGGAUCUCUUCCAGGGUUGCUUGGCUUGCCAGGUCUUCAACUUGAGGUCUACUCAUGUCCAGAAACUCAACAUUGCUGGAAGCUUUUUGCGGCUGCACACCCUCAAUCUGGACUUUUGUACUUCACUUGCUAGUUUGCACAAGGACUGUUUUUCUUGCAUGCCAAAUUUGAUGCGUCUCUCAAUGUGUGAGACAAGAAUUGCAAAUCUCCUGACAACCACUGGUGUUCUAUCAAAACUUCCUGCUUUGAUGGAAUUACGGUUCCAAAGUUGUUUGUGUUGCAAUGACACUGGGCCAUGUCCUGAUUUACAAAGACAGCACAACUUACAGAGUGAGGUUCAAGAAAAAGACGGGUUUCUUGCGAGUGACCUUAAGAAUGCCACUUUUACAUUAAAGUAUAUAACUCAUCAUCGUUCACCCCUAUGCUUUGAGAAACAUUACUGGGAUUACAUGAUUUCAUCACUCCCUGGUUUGGAAGUUUUGGAUAAUUUUCCUAUUAGAAAGAUGGAAAAGGAAUUGGCCAUGAUGGCCUCGGCAAAAUACUAUGAAUAUUUGCCUUAUAAUAGACAGCUCAAAGAAAGUGUUGUUAGUGUUUUGCAUAAGCGUGAAAUGGGAACAAAUGGUGUACAUUGCCAAAAACCAUUUAAGCCAAAACAGCUGCAUCCUUAUCGGAAUGGCCAGAAUUUUUUCUUAAGGUCCCUUUGCGCUGCCAAACUUGGGUCUUCAAUGUGGCCACUCUUACAUCCACUGUCUAACUUUAGCCACACAUUUAAAGCAGAGAGUAAGAAGCUUCGUCCAAGGCAAUUUGAGUACCAUCCAUCAAACCCUAGUCUUAUGGUUUUUGGAACCCUGGAUGGUGAAGUAAUUGUUGUCAACCAUGAAAAUGGGAAGAUUGUUGGUUAUGUCCCCUCCAUUGGAGCAAUGAGCAGUGUCUUGGGGCUUUGUUGGCUCAAUAAAAAUCCAUCCAAGCUUGUUGCUGGUUCAGAUAAUGGUUCCUUGAAGUUGCUUGACAUCAAUUAUAUGUCACCAGAAGUUUCAGACUCCUGUUGCAGCUCUAGUGUUGCAACUUUUGACGAUUUCGAGCAAUUGACUUCUCUUCAUGUAAAUUCAACUGAUAACCAGCUUCUUGCUAGUGGGUACUCAAAAGGUGUUGCUCUAUAUGACAUAGCGAGUGGAAGACGUAUACAGCAGUUCACUAAUAUUCACCAAGAACCAAUCAAUGUUGCCAAAUUUGCCCACCAUUCCCCUUACAUGUUUGCUACUUCAUCAUUUGACCAUGAUGUGAAGAUGUGGGAUUUGAGACAGAACCCAAUGCGGCCUUGCUAUACAGCUUCAAGCUCAAGAGGAAACGUGAUGGUUUGCUUUUCUCCUGACGACCUUUAUUUGCUUGUUUCAGCCGUUGACAAUGAGGUUAAGCAACUUUUGGCAGCAGAUGGGAAGCUCCACAUGAAUUUUGAUAUAGCUUCUACAGGAAGUUCUCAUAAUUAUACCCGUUCAUAUUACAUGAAUGGAAGGGACUAUAUUGUCAGUGGUAGUUGUGAUGAGGAUGUAGUUCGCAUCUGCUGUGCUCAAACUGGAAGGAGACUUAGGGAUGUUUAUUUGGAGGAUAAGGAGUCAGGAAAUUCAUUAUUUGUGCAGUCCUUACGGGGUGAUCCGUUCAGGCAUUUUCACAUGAGUAUAUUAGCAACCUCUACGCGUCCAAGCUCUAAGUGUGAGAUUAUAAAGGUCAAUUUACUUGGAUCAAGUUACUAUGCAGAAGAAUAUUCUUAUGGCCAAUGUUUACACCCUUCCUGCUGUCAGGGAGGCUGAUAUAUAUGUUUGUGAAAUGGGAUGACUGCCUGCAAAGACGACAUAUUUCAUUGCAAGAAUAACGAGAGAGCAUGUAACAGAGCCUUUUGAUGUGCUACUGCAAUCAUGCACGCGUCAAAAUAUAUUGAUAUGAGUACGAACUAGACAAAUGGGGCACGAGAUACAAAACAAUACCAAAUUAUUCCUUUGUCAUCUUCUUUCCCAAGCUCAGUACAGCAGCUAGACUCACAGGUAUAAACUCUUCUUCCCACAUUAACAUAAGAAGCAUUUUACAGGACUCAUUUACUUAAGACUCUAAGGAGUGACUCUGCCUGCAAGAAAACCAAAAAACUUGGUUAUGUUUAAACAUAACUUGUAAUAUUCCAUCAUAUAAAAACAUUUUGCAUCGUACCUUUUUUUGGGCCCUUGGGGUGCCAUAUUGUGACAAUACCACUAAAGGCGGAACAGCUCCUUCCUGUUGCACCAUACGGCAAUAUCUGUCACUACUUGUGCAGAGCUGUAGAAGAGCAGCAGCUGCAUGCUCUUUCCCUUUUGCAGAACCCAACUCAACAGCUUCAACCAGACCAGGGAUCCCACCUUCCUGACCAAUUGCUGUCUUUCCCUCAGGUAUUGUAGAAAGAUUGGCUAAAACAGCCACUACCUUGUCAACCAGUCCAGCUGCUGGAUCCAUCAACUCCACUAGGUACUUUAUAGCACCGGCUUGAACUAUUGGACGUCGGUUCUCAUGAAAAAUUGACAAACUAAACAAAGCUGUGGCUGCAUCUUUCCUCCCUCUGGGAGUCCCAUUCCCCAGUAAAUCAACUAGAGGCCCAAUAGCCCCUGACCUUCCAAUGCGAACCUUGUUGUCCUCAAUCACCGAAAGGCUAAAGAGAGUGGCAGCUGAGUUUUCCUUGGCUUCAGCACCGCCUGUCUCAAGGACAUGAAUCAGAGGUUCAAUUGCAUUGGCAGCAGUAAUUUCUGUCUUGUUCUCAACAUUGAUGGAUAAGUUCAGAAGUGUUGUGACAGCAUUUUCUUGAACCCUUUUGUCUGUAGACCGGAGCAAGUCCACCAACAAGCUAAUGGCUCCACAGUUUGCAAUAACAAUCCGAUUUUCCAUACUCUGCUUUGCAAGCAGCCGGAGUUCAAAUGUUGCAUCUCUUUGAGCAUCAAAAGAAGUGCCUUUCAAGUCCUCAACCAGAUUACCUACUUGCGCUUCAAUUAAUCCAGAAUUGUCUACUCUUGUUUCAAUGGCAGGAGAAGAUGUCUGUGGGACUAAGCUACCAGAUGCUCGGCGCCGCCUCAUUUGGCCUCAAGGGUCUUCUUGCCUCUGCUACCAAUCUGGUUGGCAGCUCAGUUUUUAUGUGUGAAUGAUGAAUCUUGGUCUUUCCAAAAUAAAGAAGAAGAAGAAGAAAAAGGCGUGAAGUUCAAAUGAAAGCUCCAUUUUGAAUCCUUGGUUGACGAUUCAGAAGACAACAGAGACACGUUACGUGGUUACAUGCUAAAGAAGGCAGCCUUCCUUACUUCCUACGCGUCCUUUCGGUAUUCUUAUAUAUUGUAAAAAAAAUUCUUGCUUAUAAUUUGCGUUAGAAUAUUGGAAUAAGAAAUGGGAGUUUAUUUUGCCACUCUCAUUUUCUCCACUUACCCUCCUUUUUGUUUUUUUAAUAUUUUUUAAUCAAUUUUUAUUUUUU